UAUGAACAUAGAAAUAUCAAAUUCUGAUAAAGUGUAAUAAGUAAAUUCUCAAUAGUAAUAUAGAUCUUAAUCAAAUAAGAGUAAUUGUUAAAAGAAUAAAAAUACUAUGAAUAUGAAUAAAAAAUAUUAACAUUUGGAUCUAGAUUCAUUAAUUAAUAAAAUAAAGAUGGAGCUAUCAUUCUUUAUUUAUAAGCAAGCAAAGUUUUAGUUAAAAACAAUUAAGACAAUUCAGGAUUUAAUUUAGCAACAGAAGUAAUCAAAAUAUCAGAUGAUUUGGAUUCUCAAAAUAUAGGUAAGAAUGAUCUAUUAAUAUUUAAGCUGAAAUAAUGUCAAUUUAUUCUAUAGCAUAAUUUAGUAAAUUGAAAGUGCAAUUCAUAAAUAAAGUACUCAAGAAAUAUCCAAAUUAUAAAGAUUAAAUUUGUUAAUAAGUAGGUGUAGAUUUAAUUAACCAUAAUAAAUUUCAUUUGGCAUGGAGAUAUCUUAUUUAAUUAUCUGAUGUAAAUACAGAGAUUUAAAUGUUAAUAAAAUGGAAUUAAUAAUUGUCUGAAUAAGAAAGAUAAUAUAAUUUAAUUAGAUAUUUAUUAAUGUAAAAUUGUAAAGCAAAUGAAUUAGUAAACUUGGUCAAGGAUUAUACAAUGAGAGUGUUAAAAUAUUGAAUGAAUUAAUUCCUACAACAGUCACUUAAGAAGCUCUAUUUAUUCAUCUUUUAGUGAAAUCAAUAAGAAUUUAAAGUAGAGAAGCAUAUGAUUUAGUAUUUAAUAAAUUUAAGGUUGUUAUAGAUGCAGAUCCAAUAUUCUAAGAUGUAUUAUAAUUAUUAUAAUUAGUUAUAUUAUAAAGUAGGAGUGAAAUACUUUGGAUUAAAAGAAAAGGAAUAAUAAUCAUAAGGUAUUGGUGGAUUAUUGAGUUAAUUCUUUUAAUGA